GCGCGUGGUGUCGGCGCGCUGUGGUGGGUCCGCGGGACCAGUCGUGUAUCGCGGGCGAUUGUGGGCAAUGCGGAGUAUGCGGACUCGCGGCGCAAAUGGCGUCGCCGUGCCGUUAUGAGCGAGUGCGUGCCGUGCAAGCGUAGCGCGUACGGGCCGCGUCCGGGCGCGGCGUCCCGCCGCCCAGACGACUGAAACGACCGAGAGCGCGGGCGUAGCGUCGUAGACGACGGCGCGAACGCGCCGAGGAUCCGUGCGUUGCGUGUGUGUACGUGUGUGUGUGUGUCGUGUGUGCGCGCAGCGCUGCCGAGCGUGUGUUGAUCCCCCCCGCGCCGACGACGGGGGAUCGGGGGAGAAAAAAAUAGUUUUUUUUCGAAGCGAGCCCCCUCCGGGGCCCGUGUGUCUCUCUGUCGCGGCCACAUCGACGACGUGAGGCGACGGGGAACGAGUGACGACGAGUCGUGAGAUAGGUCCAGAAGGGAACCGUUCGUGUCCGCAGGAGAUCGGUGCCGAGAUGCAGGCGGAAUUGAUGUACCGUAAACCACCGUCAUCGGCGAUGACGAGCCAGGGCGGUUUUCACUGCGCCGGCAACGAUAACAAACGUGAGAGGAAUGGCGGGCGGGAUUCGCGGGAGGCGAUACAUUCGGGCCACUUCAUGGUGUCGGACUUCGAGGCCGAGGCGCAGGACGACGAGGACGAUCUCGCUGUGCCGGUGCCGGAUCAGGAGGAGCAGACCGCCAGGUUCUCGAUCACCGUUCCGCCGGGCUUCUUCCACAACAGAUUCGCGAGUUCGUUGAACGACAAGAGCACCUCCCAGCAGCUGAGCAUCGAGACGUCCUUGAACAAGCUGUUCCAGUGCAUGUCCCUCGCCUACAGACAGAAGCUGACAUCGCCUAAGUGGAAUCGCUUCAAAGGCAUCAGACUGAGAUGGAAGGACAAGAUCAGAUUGAACAACGUGAUCUGGAGAUGCUGGCACAUGCAAUUUAUAUUGAAGCAAAACACGUUGGUGUGCCAGUUCGCGUCGCCACUUGACGUGGACACCCACAACAAGCCCGAGGCGGUGGUCUUAGAGGGAAAAUACUGGAAACGAAAGCUCGCGGCCGUCACAGCGGAAUACAAGAAAUGGCGUAUGUUCUAUCGCAACCAAAUCCUCGGCUGGACGAACAAAGAUGGCACGGAGAUGAUGGAGUCAAUGGACAUGCUGGAUUGGAUCAGUGGAUGUGGGCCCACCGGUAACUUCGGUGCGGGUACGGGGAAUGCAUUCGGGAAUACGGCCGGCGCUUCGGGCGGGGAGAGUAUGUUGGUUGACGAAGACUACAUGGAGCUGAUGACCGACACCCUCUUUUCGACCAUCAGCUCGAAUCAGCCGUUGUACUUUCCCGAUCCCAGAGAAAUCGCGCGAGGUGCCAGCUUAGCAGACUUCAUACAACCCAGUCUGGGCCCCUUGCAACCGAAUCUGGACGAUUUCAUGGACACCUUAGAGCCGUUGCAAGAAUUUCUAAACUCGAAAUUGCCUCCCGUACCCGAAGAGGACGAUAUGUUUCGGAAUAGCGGUCUAAACACUACUUACGCCGAUUUGGACCUGAUGACACCGAUCAAUCCGAUGAACGAAAUAGGCGAGGGUCCGACGAUAAAGAACGAACAGACGGCGCAACAACAGCAGCAGCAGCAGCAGCAGCAACAGCUGCCGCAGGAGCAAGAGGCCAGCAUGCAGAAUCUCCAGUACACCGCCAAGAUAUAUACUCAGUCUCAACCUGAAGCGGCGGCGAAUAUGUAUAGGAAUAACAUAGUUAUGAGUGAAGAUUACGCUCUUCAGCCGAACUUCGAGGCUGCGUCCGUUGCGAGUCCAAAUCAAUCCAUACGAGACAAGGCUAGAGGUGACAGAGCGUCGUCGAGAAGCAGCCGCGUGAUACAGCAAUCCCAGCAGCAGCAGCAACCGCAACCGCAACAGCAGAACAAUCAAAUAAUGUAUCAAACGACGGUGCAGCAGCAGAAUUCGGGCUUCCAGCCGCAGCAGCCUUACGCGAUGGAGAUUCAGGCGGUGCGAUUAACACCGGUGCAGAAUCAGCCGCAGUCCGUGCAGAUCACAACGCUGAACGAUCAGUCGGCGGCGGUCAACGCCGCCAGCCAGUUACCGGCGAUCACCGCCGCGGCCGUGCAGAAUCUGGUGGCGUUGCAGCACAGUUACGUCACGCAAACCGUCGUCGGUCCGCCGCAGCUGCAGGCUGCUCAGCAGCAAGCGAUAAGGCCCCUGCCGACCGCCUCGCCGAUGUCCAACAGCAAGCCUUACAAGAUCGUUCAGCCGCAGCAGCAGUGCUACAAGUUCCCGAACCUCGUGCAGAAUCUAAAUGCUCAACCGUGUAAAUUUAACGCCACCGCCUUCAAGUCGUAUCCCACGCAACAAGUGGUAACGGUCUCUACGACGGAGCCACCGUCGCAGCCACAGAUAUUGCUGCAGUGCAGGCCGUCAUCCGGUUUGGACAUUACCGCGCCCGCUUUGCACCCCAAGCUGCUACCUCAACCGACGACGUCCAACACGGAGAAAGAAGAGAUCUUCGCCGUGCCUAAGUGUCAAAUAAAAGGGAGGAAUAGAUCCCGAAGCAGCUCCUCUUUAACGGCGCCUAGGAUACAUCCACCGCCGCUAGUAUCCGCAGUGAGCGACCCAGCUCUGAAUUUGAAUAACAAUGUUUUACUCGCGCACUUACUCACGAAUAAUGUAACGCAAGUAACGACAGCGCAACAUAUCACGACCCCGGUGACUGUACAAACAAUGCAAACUUCUAGUAUACAGCAGACACAACCACAGCAACAGACAAUGCAACCAUCCACAGCCCAGCAGAUUCUCCUAAAUGCGAACAAUCAAACGCAUCAGUCCCACAGUAGUCCAAUAGGCUCGCCGAAGGACUCUACCGCGCACAGUCCCCAGGCUUUGAGCCUCAGCCCGCUGCACAGCCCGAUGAGCAUAGGUAGCCCUUUGUCACCCAACCGUGGAUACAUGAAGGGUGACUCGGAAAGGGGACAGUACAAGGAGCAGAGGCGAGUCGGCCACAUUCACGCGGAACAGAAGCGUAGAUACAACAUCAAGAACGGCUUCGACAUGCUGCACAGUCUGAUACCGCAGCUCAGUCAGAAUUCCAAUGCGAAACUGAGCAAGGCGGCGAUGCUGCAGAAAGGGGCGGAUUACAUCCGGCAACUUAAGGCGGAGAGACACCAGUUGAAGGACGAGAUGGAUAGCCUGAGACAGCAGAUCGAGUGCCUUAAUACAUCUAUUAGUAAUUGUCAAUCUAUGCUUCCUGCAACGGGUGCUCCAGUUUCUAGACACAGGACCAGCAAGAUGAAAGAGAUGUUCGACGAGUAUGUACGUACGCGCACGCGAGAAAACUGGAAAUUCUGGAUUUUCAGUAUAUUGAUAGAACCGCUGAUGCUGUCCUUCAAUACUUCAGUUUCAACUGCGAGUAUCGAGGAUUUGUAUAGAAGUACAUUAUUGUGGGUAGAGCAACAUUGUUCGCUUGUCGAUCUCAGACCAGCUGUUCUGAAUUCUCUAAGGUCUCUAUGUACUGCCACUGACAUUUUAUCAAACCCCACCCGCCUUCCCGAAGAAGCGCUCGCGGCAGUUAAUCGAACGGAACGCCGACGGUCCAUGCAGUGAUAGAGUGCGUGAAUUCAGCGGCGUGUUUGUAUAAAAAAAAAGUUCAAGGUUUAGAUACAUAUGUAUGAACGUAAGGGAUGAUAGUUACCGUAUAACUUAAGUUAGAUUUACGCGAAACAAAAAGAAGACGUAACAUUCGGUUAAUCAGUAACCAGAAUAAAAAUUUAAGUGCAAUUCCUCUUUUUAUUGCAACGGCACGUUAAAGUUGCAAAAAAAUGUAUAAUGAAAAAAUAUAUAAGAAAUGUUUUUAA